UACCCGGAUUAUCGCGCGCGCUGCGGCACACACACACACACACAACCUGAACCCCGCUCCAGUCGAGCAGCGCUUACACACACACACGCACACACGGAGGUAGACGCGCGCGCUCGGUAGCGGUGCUGCAGCGGAAACAUGAAGCAGGAGGAGCGGAGAGAGAGCGGCGGCUGGAGGGAGUUCAUCUGGAACCCGCGCACACACGAGCUGCUGGGCCGGACCGCGAGCAGCUGGGGUUUGAUUCUACUCUUCUAUGUGGUUUUCUACACAUUCCUUGCUGGAAUGUUCUGCCUCACCAUGUAUGUCAUGCUGCUCACACUCGAUGAUUACAAACCAACCUGGCAGGACCGACUCUCUACACCAGGGUUGAUGAUCAGGCCCAAGGAUAAAGAUUUGGAGAUAAUAUAUGACAUAGAAAAAACUGAGAGUUGGGACAGAUAUGUCCAGGCGCUCAACACCUUCCUUACCCCGUAUAAUAACUCUCAGCAGGUGCUGAAUAACGACGCAUGUGCACCAGAUCAGUUUAACUUUCAGGAGGACAGCGGUAACGUGCGCAAUAACCCCAAAAGGGCGUGUCAGUUUAACCGCACCAUGCUGGAGGAGUGUUCUGGAUUCACUGACCACACCUACGGUUACCGCGAUGGAAAACCCUGCGUGCUCAUCAAACUGAACCGGGUUAUUGGAAUGUUGCCAGGAAAAGAGGGCCAGUCUCCAUAUAUCACCUGUGGAGCCAAGAAGGACGACAGUGAUGUUCAAGUCAUUUAUUUUCCUCCUAAUGGGACUUUUAAUCUGAUGUAUUAUCCCUACUACGGUCAGCGUGCUCAGGUGAACUACACUCAGCCUCUGGUCGCUGUGAAGUUUGUGAACGUGACCCUGAACACUGACGUGAACAUCGAGUGUAAAAUCAACUCCAACACCAUCACAGAGUUCAGCGAGCGGGACAAGUUCGCUGGCCGAGUGUCCUUUAAACUGCGCAUUAACUCCAAGUAGACAGACAGACAGACACACACACACACACACACACACACACACUUUUCUCUCUCUCUCCCUGAAGUUUACUUCCUGUUUGAGGACGUUAGGGUUUUGCAGUCUAACACUGCCACUGACAGGGAGAACAUUUAUACAGCGUGUGUGUGUGUGUGUGUGUGUGUGUGUGUGUGUGUGUGUGUGUGUCUCAGUAUUUGUGUAUGUUGUUCAAUCAUUCCAUAAUAAACACACAGCUAGUCAGAUUAGUUUAAGACUUAAAGGCUGAAGAUGCCUUCUGCUGGGGUGGGCGGGGCUAGUGCUGUUGAGUGGGUGUGGCCUGAUGGUGUGUGUGUAAAAAACUGAUAGAUUUAUAUUAUACACGUAUGAAGGUACUGAUGCUGCACAUAUCACUGACUAAUCAAUAAUCACAGUUUAAAUCUGAAUAUUAACAGUGACACAGAGACGUGUGUGUGUGUGUGUGUGUGUGUGUACUGGAAGUGACAUCAUUGUGUUUGAUUUUUAUUACAGUUUGUUCCUGCUCUUCAGCGCCCCCCGUAGUUGAUUAUCCUAAAUGCGCUCAUUUUAAUCACAGUAACAGUUUACACGUUUAUACUCCGUCUGUCUCCCUCUGUCUCUCUGUCUCUCUCUCCCUCUGUCUCUCUGUCUCUCUCUCCCUCUGUCUCUCUGUCCCUCUCUCCAUCUGUCUCUCUCUACGUCUGUCUCUCUCUUUCUGUCUCUCUUUCUGUCUCUCUCUCUCUCUAUCUCUCUCUUUGUCUCUCUGUCUCUCUUUCUGCCUCGCUCUGUCUCUUUCUCUUUGUCUCUCUGUCUCUCUGUCUUUCUGCCUCGCUCUGUCUCUUUCUCUUUGUCUCUCUGUCUCUCUCUCUCCUAUUAGUAAUUAAUCAUUGUUUUCUGUGAUUUUUUUACAUUGAAGUUUAGUGUUUAAUGUUAAGACAAACACUACAUCUACACACACACACACAAACACACUCUACAUUUCUACUAAGCAAUAGUGUGUGUGUGUGUGUGUGUGUAACACUAUGUAAUUAUUUUAAUAUUAGCAUUUUAAGAAGUUAGCAUAGAAAGCUAUCAGACAUUUUGUUAGGAUCACUUUGUGUUGUGUGGAUUAGCAUAUAGAUGCUGUUGCUGUUUAGGUAAUGAUCGUUAGCACACAGAAGGUUAGCAUGUCACAUUGAUUAGCGUAACCCUAGCUACAACAAUACAAUGUUUGCAUUUAUAACAGUUAGGAUUUGCCCGUAUGGGACUAACUUAAUUAGCACUGUUAGCAUAGCAAUAUUAGCAGGUGAAGCUGUUGGUGUUUUGUCUGUGUGUGUGUGUGUGUGUGUGUGUGUGUCACUGAGUUCUGUGUUCCGUCCACACACUGCUCUCAGUCUGACCUUUGACCUUAUUUUAAAAUUGUUGUUGAGGUAACCCACACAACUCACUGCUCACAUCGUCAGCCUUUCAGAAACAAUGCGUGUGCGUGUGUGUGUGUGUGUGUGUGUUGGUCAUAGUAAGACUGUGCUCCUGUAAAAUCACUGCUUCUCCUGCUGAUGAUCCUCAAGAUGAUAUUUAUUUAUUUAUUUAUUUUAGUUUUUUUUACUUAUUUAUCUAUUUAUAUGUUUGUUGGCUAAGCUAAAAAGUUGUAUAAAUUGUUAAUGUUAUAAUGAAACAUGAGAUGUAUGAAAUAAAUGUGUGU